AUGUUCUGCACGGAGAUCACGGACGCGCUAUGGAAGCGCUAUUUGUCUCAGCACCCAGAGAAUCUUAUUGACGAAGACUCAAGUCUGCUCACCUUUGCGAGAGCACAGUCAAUUCGUCGAAAACGGCACGACAGCAGUGGCAGUCAAGAGGGUCAGAAUCAUCAACGACUUGGUCGAAUUCUCUCGCACAGAAGUACUGGCGGUAGCUUUCGUCUGAAUCGUACAGGAUCGACGAAUCGAUCGUUUACUGAUUCAAAAACGGACGACGUCUCCUGCUCCCAGUACGACAAGACUUCUUGUCAUGCAUUGACCCUUGUUCCUUCGUCUUUGAUCUCUUGA